UAACUGGUCAGAACUGGUAGACACUGUAAGACAACCUGCGAUAUUAAAAAAAUGGCAAACAAAAAUGGCAGCAAUGAAGGCCCUGGGGCGAAAUGCUGCCUAGGAGUGACUUACUUUAAUAGGACGCUCGAGCGCAACGGGGCGGCACCGAAAUGCCUGGGCCUGGCGCAAUUAAAGCAUGGAGACCAGGCUGAUGAUGAUGUUAAAAUGCUUAGCGAUUCGACUGGCGAGUUUAAGUACUACUGCAUUGGAUACGCCUCACAUCGGAAUGGCGCUCGGCCGGCGGGUCCGGGGGAGCCAACGCAGAUGCCGUUCUGCGAGGGGGUGGAGGUGGUACUGACUGAGGAGAUGUCGAACACGACACCAGCGCCGGGCGGUCCCUUUGGAUCCAGCCCCCGCAGCAGCCGUCCCAUACAGCCCGCACUGAACGAUGUCGCCAGCAGAGCCCCCUCCCAUGCAGCCACAGCUGCACCAGCAGCAGCAACUGCGGCAGCCGCAACAGGAGAGAGCGAUCAAGAAGGGCCGCAGGAGGAUCAGCGAUUCAAAGCUCGGUUUCGGAGGCAGUUGCAUAAGAACCUGGAUCUGUUGCGGUUAGCGGCGACGGGGGAGAAGCUGCCCGAGCUGCCCAUUCCCCUGCGCAAGCACGAGAGCUUUGCCAGCGUGCGGCAAACGUUCACGGAGACCGCCUCCCUCAACCUGCUCAAGAUGCGUGUGGCGGCGGAGUUCAUCAGCAGCCGCACGGCGGACGCCAUGAAGCCGGUGUGGAAGCGGCUGCGGUCGGGGGAGGAGGCGGACUAAUGGGGGAAGGGCGAGGGGAACGAGGUGCGGGGCCUGGGACGGUUAGAGGGCAGGCUGAGAUGGCACGGGUGGUGGGUGUUGACAGUGACAAGGACAGCCAACAGCUCGUGUGUUGGUUUCAGGCGCAUGCGCACGGGAAGCAAACCACUGGCAUCAUGCGCUGCGAGAUCGCGGUUGCGGAGUGCAUUGGAGUUGCAGGUUGGGAAAGGAGAAUCGGUGUCGCGAAGAAGGAUAAGUCACUGCAGCUGGAAUUUGGAAACACGCUUGAGUGUUGCAUGCAUUUUGUUGUGCGUCUUACGGG